AUGGAAAAUAACCGAUUGUUUAAACUUGUAUUAAGCAACAUUAUAUUAAUUAUCUUUUGCGUUUUCAACACAUCAUCACAACUAGUUGUACAACAUCUUGGAUUGGAAGAAGGUGACAUAUGUCGAAAAGGCCGGAGACCAGAAGAAGAUUAUGUGUGCAAGGGUGCAAGAAAUUGUAAUGCUUUCCUAGAAAGUAUUAACACUAAUAAUCAUCUUGAUAUAUGUAAGUUCGUUGUUUUAGAACCAAUAGUAUGCUGUCCGGCGAUGACUAAUGAACCGUUUAUAGAAAAACCAAAAAGUAAUAAUGAAAAUUCAAUAUCCGCCGAUAAAAAAUGUCAUGAUUAUUUCAAAUUAAAGCAAAAAAUGCAAAGUGAGGUGCCAUUUGAGUCUCAGUUACCUCCGUUGCCAGUUGUGGGCGGCAUACCGGCUUAUAUAAAACAGUUUCCACACAUGGCGCUGAUAGGCUUUGGUGACACGACAGCAGAUGGAGAGGAUUGGAGAUGCGGAGGUUCGCUGAUAAGCGAAAGAUGGAUAUUAUCUGCAGCUCACUGUCAACAGAGUUCUGGGAAUCUGGUGGCUCGUUGGGUUCGCCUCGGAGUUUCGGAAAGAGUCGGUACACUCUUUAAUGAAAGCAGAGUAGAUCGGUCCAAGGACUAUCGAAUAGUAGAGCAUAUAAUACAUCCCGAUUAUAAACCACCUUCGCUAUACAACGAUAUAGCUCUAUUCCGUUUGGAAAACGACGUCGAAUUCUCCGAAGCAGUGCGACCCAUUUGUCUCAACUCAGAUCCGUAUAUAACGCCAUUAAAACUAAUAGUUACUGGUUGGGGACGAAUUUCUACGGCUGGACCACUUAGUGACAAUUUGUUAAAAGUCGAUUUGGAUAUUUUUCCGGUAAAAAAGUGCAAUGAAAGUUAUUUUUCAUAUGAUAAUCCAAAAUUACGAUUUGGCAUAUUACCUGACAGCAUGAUAUGUGCUGGUUCAUUUGAUGGCGAAAGAGACAGUUGUUCGGGUGAUUCAGGAGGUCCACUACAGUUAGAACAUGUAAACUACGCGGGCAUGUAUACACAAUAUGGGAUUACAUCUUUUGGAAAAUUUUGUGCCGACAAGGAUACACCUGGGAUUUAUACUAGAGUAGCCAAAUACAUAUCUUGGAUCGAAAAAAUAGUAUUUUCAAAUAACUAA